AACUCACUUUGCAGCGAGCGCUUGGUGUGUUUGAAUGUCUGUGUCGUUUCUUCAGCGUACUUGCUCCUGUGUUGUUUUCAAAUCUAUAUCAUAUAGAAAUUACGUAUACGUCGGUUUUUGUCGUUUCCUCGCGCUAAAUGUUUCUGUGUGCUUCAGAACCAAAAUAUUCGUAUAAAGCAAAAAUGAAAUAAAAACAACAAGACAAAUAACAGUUCGCCAUACAGCGUGGUUUUCUCAUUUCACUUCUCUUCUUCAACAACAUAUAGAAUACGAAUAUAAGUAUAAAACUAAAGUAAAAAAAAAAAAAAAAUUGCGACCGUAUACACCUAAUGCCACUUUAAAUUCGUUUUCGCUUUCCGCGGAUCAGUAUGGAGUUAGUAGUGAAGCCGAUCGGUUAAACAUUUGCACGCAUUUUCUGUUUCAUAUGAAAACAACAAAAAAAUUGUAUCAACGCCGCAAACAAUUCAAGAAAAAAAAGAACAUUAAGAUUGAAAAAAUCAAAUGAAUAAAUAAAAUUGAUUCGAAUUUUUUGGCAAAUUGUGAGAAACUCUAUUGAACUAAAAUAAAUAAUAAAAACGUGAUAAACCAUUUUUUGAUAUGAAUACUCGUUUUUUUUUUCUACUAAAAAAAUAAAAAAGAAUCUUUUAAAAACAUCACAUUUUCAAAAAGAGUGAUUCAAAUUGACAAAUCAUUAAAAUUUCGGCAUUUGUUUUUAUCCCAUUUUAUGCAUAUAAACAUUUUCAUAACACGUAGUUAUAAUCCUCAAGACUUAUGUGAAUGAUUUGCAGAGACAUGAUCUGAAUCGUGACUAUAAAUUAAUGAAAUCAGUAAUAUUUUAUAUGAAAAAAGAAGACUCUAAUAUUCAAGUGACUUCUUAAUCAUUUAUAUAUUUAAUAAAAACAAAACUAUUUAUAAUGUUAACUAAAGUGACGCAUUGUAGAGGCUUGAUUCAAACGGUAGUAUUUGUAAUAAUCGCGUCGUAAAAGUUUUUUUUUUUUUUCAUUAUGAAUUGAUAAAACUGAAUAGAUAUAAAUUCGUGAACUGUAUUCCCGGGGCCGACUUUUAUAGACGAAACAAAUAAACAACGGAUUUUACUGUUCGAGAACAUAGAUAGAAGGAACACCAAAAUCCAGCUUACAAAUAAAUAAAGCGACAUUUUUAUUUGUGUUUAAAACCGAAAUUUGUAGAAGCGAAACAGUGACGAAACAGUUCAGUGUGAUUUAAUGGCACCGCGGCGAAAUAAUAGCAGCCCUUCGGCUAUUGAUGUACGUACAUUGGUCGGUCUUGAGCUUGACGCCAUGGAUCAUUUUCCAAAUCUACAAAUAAAAAUCAACAGCAAAUUAGCACGAUGCUGUGUUCCGACCGGCGACUGCUUCAAAUUGAAUGCACUCGAUUAUGGUUUGAUUCAGUCAAAUAAUUUGCACGAUUGCGUGCGCGUCAUUUGUAGCAACGAACGAUGCACAGCUGGUCAGUAUAUGCAUCGUGAAUGCUUUGAGGCUUGGGAAGAUGGUGUUUUAACGUAUUUGAAGUCGAUUGGACGGGCACGUUCAUGGUCGGACCGGCAACGCCAACAGAAUCUCUGGACGAAAAAAGGAUACGAUUUGGUAUUUAAGGCAUGUGGCUGCAAAUGUGGACGUGGUUAUUUGAAAAAGGACUUGGAUUGGCAAGCAUCAAACGAUCGGAAUUCAAUCAUUGACGACGAUGCAACAAAAAAGAAGAAGAAACGUAAUCGCAGCAAUCAAAAAUCGGCAUUGAUGCUUGCAUCAAAUAAUAACAACAACAACAACAACAAUAACAAUCAUAUCAAUAAAAAUGAUAAUCACGAUUUUAAUGUAACUAGUUUGCUCGAUACAUCGCCCAAUGCAUUCAAUGCAUCGAUUUGUGUCGAAAAUAGACAAAUGAUUUUCAAUAACAAUCGUCGCCGAACGAACAGCUUGUCGUCUAGCUUAGAUGACUGCAUUUCACCACCAGCAUCAACGACCAGCGAUACCAUUUGCUCACCAAUCGAAAUGAUCCAGAAGGAAAAAUCAAAGGUGGAAGCAUACUCUGAACGUGUUCGCUCAACUUCAGGAUGUAAUGGUAUUUUCUCGAGACGACUGGACUUUUCGAUAUUCAAUAUGCUGCCAAAAACUAGACUCAAUUCUUAUCAAAUUAAGAUGGAAGACGAAGGUAAUCACGGCAAUGAUGAGACUCGCUUGUUCAUCCUCUCUUCAUUGGCUCAACACCACAAAAGCCGUAUCAGUUGCGUUCUGUGCGAAGAUUCAAUGCUUGUAUUCGAUCGAUAUCCACUCGUAGACGGAACAUUCUUCUUGAGCCCAAAACGUCAUACUUCAGAUUGCAUUGAGGUCAAAUAUGAAGGCCAAACUCAAUACUUGACGGCGCUCUGUAUGGGAUGCUUAGAGGGAGUCUCACCCGAUCGUAUCAUUCGCUGCAGAUUUUGCUCGACAAAAUGGAAUGGAUCGUCAUUAGUACUCGGUACGAUGUACGCAUAUGACAUUUUUGCUGCUAUGCCAUGCUGUCCCGAUCGUUUGACUUGCAACAGCUGUUUCAAGUUACUGCUCUAUCCGCAUCAGCGACUGAAUUUCUUCAGUGAUUAUAGCCAUGUGGUAUCGUGUAUUCAUUGUACAGCUCAGGACACUCACUUUGUGAAGCCAUUGUCAUACUGCUACACCAGACAGACGGUACAGGCGUUUAAUCAGUGGCCAUAGCAUAAGGACGCCACACUGGAAUCCAGUGGAUCCAGUGUUGGCCAGCAACAUGUCAUUACCCAACCAUCCAAAGUUGAUGCGAAUUCGUAUCUGAAUUAUUCGAAUAAUUCGUUUGGAUCUGAGAUGCACAGUGAGAAAUCGAUGAAUGAAUCGAUAGCCACAUCGCUAUUGAAUGACCUAAAAGCGAUCAAAUUGAGUGAAACAAGUGUUGAACAUGUGAUGGACAAGUAUAAAUCGAUGCACACCGAACGUGCGAUCGUCAAAUCAAAUGACUUCAAUAAGCAACAUCAUUCGGCAUUGAAUAAAAUAUCGUACAACCAAUGGAUGCCUUCGCAAAGUCCCGAUCCAUUGAACAAGUCAUUCAAUUGCAAAACUGACAGCAAAGAAGUGUUGUGGGCAUCAACACAAUCAUCACCAAAUAGCACUCAACGCGAACAAAUGAAAAAUCAAUUUAAGAAAUCCAAUUCGACACCGUCAAAUCUAUGGGAGAGUCCCAAUUUGAAAUUGUCACAAUCAGCAUUGAUGAUAAAGAAUGAUUCGAGCAGCUCGGUUUGGUACACACCACCACAGAUUCAAUCGCCGGCCAUGUCUGGCCAAAGCAUCUGGGACUCGCCAACAUCAUCCAUUUUGAAUCAUUCGGUGGAGAGUUUCUCAUCGGACUGUGCGGGUGGCCUGUUGCGACCACAAGAUUUAUCACCAAACGACAUUUGGAGUAACACCAGUAAGCUACAAUCAUCAAAUGGAUUCAAUACAUUCAAGGCUGACAAUUCCGUAUGGUCAAAUGCAUCGCCGAUUGGUAAUAAAACUGAGAGUAAUAUUUUCACAUCGACACCGUUCAAAUCCACAUCGGCAUUCAAUGGCCAAAAAGAUUUUAAGAAAAUUACCAAACCAAUAAUUUCAACGACAUCCACAAGCACUGUCAAUCAUGACACAAAUCCAGCUAGCUCAUCAUGCUUACAAUUGUUUUCCGAUGAUUUCAUGAACUAUCUCGAUAUGAUAAACUAAAUUUUUUAAAGAGAAGAAAAGAAAAUGAAAAACAGCGAACAUAUUCGCAUCGAACAAAACAAACAGUAGUACUAUGACAUGAAAAGGAUUAUGUCAAACGAGAAACAAAAAUAUUAAGCAAAUUCUUUAGUUGAAUUUUACCUUGUUUUCAUUUAUUUUAUUUUUUAAAUGUUUAAUUUUUUUUAAUUAUUUUUUUUUCUUGUAAUUUCUCAAAGUGUUUGAUGUUUUCUUUUUGGUUACAAUUUUCUUAUUUUGACAUGUCGUUUACAUUCGAUGACAACGACUUACAUAGAUCUAUUUAUGAUUCUCUUAUAUUUUUUUUUUUAAACAAAUUUAUAAAUUUUCUGUUCGCAAUAUCUA